AUACAAAUAUGAAAUUCAGACCCUCCUCAUUACUUUCCUUUUCUUCGUUCAAUUCCCAAAUCUCUCUCUCAAAUUCGCUACUGUAACUACAUUUCUGUACGUGUGCGGAUAGAUUCGUAUUGUGCUUGAAUGUGAUUGGACUCUACUUUCGGGAAUAUGGAUGGAUCGAUAGGCAGGGGAGGCGGCAACACUGAUGUGCUUCUAAGGAACUACAAGCUUGGAAAAACUCUUGGCCAUGGUUCAUUUGGUAAAGUUAAAAUUGCAGAGCAUGCGUUGACGAAGUACAAAGUGGCUAUUAAAAUCCUGAAUCGCCGUAAAAUGAGGAGCCCUGAAAUGGAGGAGAAAGUGAGAAGAGAAAUUAAAAUAUGUAGAUUAUUUGUGCAUCCACAUAUAAUACGACUUUAUGAAGUGAUAGAGACACCGGCAGAUAUAUAUGUUGUCAUGGAGUAUGUGAAGUCCGGAGAACUAUUUGAUUACAUUGUAGAGAAGGGUAGGUUACAAGAGGAUGAAGCUCGGUCUUUCUUCCAGCAGAUUAUUUCUGGGGUGGAGUACUGUCACAGAAACAUGGUGGUUCAUCGGGAUCUCAAGCCCGAGAAUCUGCUUUUAGAUUCCAAGCGCAAUGUGAAGAUAGCAGAUUUUGGCUUGAGCAAUAUUAUGCGUGAUGGCCAUUUUCUAAAGACAAGUUGUGGAAGCCCGAACUAUGCUGCUCCAGAGGUUGUUUCUGGUAAACUGUAUGCUGGGCCUGAGAUAGAUGUUUGGAGUUGUGGUGUUAUCUUGUAUGCUCUUCUUUGUGGUACACUUCCUUUUGAUGAUGAAAACAUUCCCAAUCUCUUCAAGAAAAUAAAGGAUGGAAUCUACACACUUCCAAGUCAUUUGUCACCUGGAGCAAGGGAUUUGAUACCUAGGAUGCUCGUGGUAGACCCUAUGAAGCGAAUAACUAUUCCCGAGAUCCGUCAGCACCAUUGGUUCAAAGUCCAUCUUCCUCGCUAUUUAGCUGUUCCUCCACCAGAUGCAAUGCAACAUAUUAAAAAGAUUGAUGAGGAUAUUCUUCAAGAAGUGCUUAAGAUGGGAUUUGACAAGAACCUGCUGCUUGAAUCUCUUCAAAACAGAAUACAAAAUGAUGCUACUGUUGCAUAUUAUUUGCUUUUUGACAACCGGUCCCCUGUUUCCAGUGGCUAUCUUGGAGCUGAAUUUCAGGAGUCCAUAGAAUGUGGUUCAGCUGGUGUGCAUCCAGAUGAUGUGUCACAUUUGGCUGCUGUGCCUUACUUACAUCAGGAGACUAAUUUGAGGCUCCAGUUGCCAAGUCAGAGAAAAUGGCUUCUUGGACUGCAGUCUCCAGCCCAUCCUCGUGAGAUAAUGACGCAGGUUCUCAGAGCUCUGCAAGAGCUGAAUGUUCGUUGGAAAAAGAUCGGGCACUAUAACAUGAAAUGUCUGUGGUUGCAUGCAUUCCAUCAUUGUGAAAGCGUGGCUAGCAAUCAUUUACAUGAUAACCAGUACAUCAGUAAUGAAUCUGCCAUUAUUGAAAAUGAUUUUCAGUCUCAGGUCAUCAUGAAGUUUGAAGUGCAGUUGUACAAAACUCGCGAGGAUAAGUAUCUUCUUGAUUUACAGAGAGUCAGCGGUCCGCAGUUCCUCUUCCUUGAUCUUUGUGCUGCUUUUAUUAUACAACUAGGGGCCCCAAGUUCAUGAGAGAAGAAGUUGAGCAAGAAGUAUUGACAUUGCUUGUGAAUAAAAAACUCUUGCUGUAUAUAUACAGAUACACUGUUUUCUUUCUUUCUUUCUUCUUAUUUUUUUGGUCUUCUUUUUCCUUUGUUGUGAAUGAUCGUCAUAUUUUCGAGUUUUAUGAGGUUCAACAUGUAGACCCUGGACCUAAGAGGGCUGGCCUCUUCUCUCAGAAACAAGAUGUAUCUCUGAAUUGAUGACACCAUCUAAAUUGGAGUAGCAAUGAAGACUUCCCCAAAUCGUCUAUUUUCUCAUGGUUUA